CCGGACGUGCCUGAUCGGUGAAGAAGCACCAACAUGGCCGGUUGUUUUCUCCCCAGAGCGGCUGGUUUGUUUCAUCUCCGCCGGACAACGACGCUUCUCACCGGGUCGAGGUUUUACCGGGGACAGGGACCGGAACCGGAGCCGCCGACGGUGAAAGAGCAGAGCGACGGAAUCAGGAGAAUAAUAUUGAACAAUCCCAAGAAGAGAAAUGCUCUUUCUUUGUCCAUGUUGGAAUCUCUCAGAGAAAACCUAGUCACCGAUGUGGACAGUGACGACCUCAGAGUUAUUAUCAUAUCAGCCAAAGGUUCAGUGUUUUCCUCCGGACACGACCUGAAGGAGCUGACGUCCGCUCAGGGACGAGAGUAUCACACCAAGGUGUUUCACACCUGUGCUGAGGUGAUGACUCUGAUACAAGACAUACCUGUUCCGGUGGUUGCCAUGGUGAACGGUGUUGCCACGGCGGCUGGUUGCCAGCUUGUUGCCAGCUGUGACAUCGCCAUAGUGACGGAGAAGUCCACCUUCGCCACGCCGGGGGUCAAUGUGGGUCUGUUCUGCUCGACACCGGCGGUGGCCAUCGGCCGAGCGGUGCCACGGAAAGUCGCCAUGGAGAUGCUGUUGACUGGAACUCCCAUCUCAGCCCAUGAUGCCUUGCUGCAUGGCCUGGUCAGUAAGGUGGUGCCAGAGGAGCGACUCGAGGAGGAGACGCUGGCCAUCGCCCGGCGGGUGUGUCAGGCGAGCCGACCGGUCGUGGCCCUCGGAAAAGCAACUUUCCAGAGACAAAUGUCUCAGGGGCGAGAUGCAGCGUACGCCACCGCCUCCAAGGUGAUGGUGGACAACCUGGCCCUGAGCGACGGGCAGGAGGGGAUCCGAGCCUUCAUAGAGAAACGCAAACCGGUGUGGAGCCACAAAGCAGAACAAGCUCACGACUGAAGGAGAAACUUUGAUCACAGCAGUUUUAUGCUGAUUGGUGCACAUGGUUUUCAGUCAGUGGUGAUCAGAGUCAGCGAUCGGGCCAAUGUGAACAUGGAAGAGUUUUUAAUCUGAACCAUGAGACGGUUUCAUAUUGAACCGUUGUGCCUUUAAAAAGCUGCCGAGUGGAGACGAGUCACCAUCCAGACUCAAGAAUGCAAAGAAUGCUGAUCGAUAAAAUAUUUGUAAAAUGUUAAAUGCAAUAGAGUUACUUUCUAAAUCAU